GACCCUCUGCUGUCUUGGGUACCGGGCAGCCUUCCCUCGGCGGCUUGGUUCACGGCUUUCGGAUAAUCACCUUGAACGCGCUCAUCUGUCCCUGACAUCACAGUAGUAUUAUUGCUUUGGUUGGGAAAUGCUUGACUGACCCAUGGCGCUGAAGUUCUCAUUGUGUUGCUUCUACACUGUGAGAUGAAGACUAGUUCAAGAAAUACCAAGCGUGAAGCAGAAAUUCAGCCAAGGGAACUAAUGCAGGGCCACAGCUCUGCCUGGACUCUAGAAUCCUCUUGACAUCUUUGUAGGACUCCGUUCCGUCUAGGGAAGGGAACAAAGAAGAGGACAAUGGCUACUGUGGUUUCUUCAGCUGGACCUCUGAGUCCUGAAGUUUCCCAGCCAGAUGAAGAUAAUCUUCAGGCAGAAGAACCAGAAUUGGUAAAGGAAUCAGUGACAUUUAAAGAUGUGGCUAUAGACUUCACAUUGGAAGAGUGGAGGUUGAUGGACCCUACACAGAGGGACCUGCACAAGGAUGUGAUGCUAGAGAAUUAUAGGAAUCUUGUCUCCCUGGGGCUUGCAGUUUCCAAACCAGACAUGAUAUCUCAUUUGGAGGAUGGAAAAGGACCAUGGGUGGUAGUGACAGAAAUUUCAAGAGUCCCCUAUCCAGAGUUGGAGACCAAACCAGCAACCAAGAAUGCUAUACUAACAGAGGAUAUCUCUGAAGAUUUAUCACAGGAGACCAUAGUAGAGAAACUCGCAGAGAAUAGUCUGCGGGACUCCAGAAUGGGAGGAAUAUGGAAAUGGAAUGACAGGAUAUUGAGACUGCAAAAUACUCAGGAGAGUCGGAGCCAGAGAAUAGUUACACACAAGAAAAUUCCCACUGGUCAAAGAGGUGUUAUAUUUGGGUCUAUUUUUUGUCCCAAACCAGGAGUUAUCACAGAAGAGCUCCACAGCAAAUGCUUAAAAAAACAUGAGGAAAAUUUCACAGAGAACUUAUAUUUGAAUACAGAUACCCAUUUGGGGAAGAAAAUUUGCAAGAAUACAGAAGGCAGCAAAGUUAUAAGGCCUGCUUCAGAACUUACUUUAGGGGGAAAAAACAAUAGUAAAGAAAAACCCUAUAAAUGUAGUAUAUGUGACAAGGCCUUUUGUUAUAGGUCAUUACUCAUUCAACAUCAGAGAACACACACUAAAGAAAAACCUUAUGAAUGUAAUGAAUGUGGGAAAAUGUUUAGCCAACCUUCAUAUCUUAGCCAACAUAAAAAAAUUCACACUGGAGAAAAACCCUAUAAAUGUAAUGAAUGUGGAAAGGCCUUUAUUGCUUCUUCAUCACUUAUGGUACAUCAGAGAAUUCAUACUAAGGAGAAACCUUAUCAGUGUAAUGUCUGUGGAAAAUCUUUUAGCCAGUGUGCACGCCUUAAUCAGCACCAGAGAAUUCAAACUGGAGAGAAGCCCUAUAAAUGUAGUGAAUGUGGGAAAGCUUUUAGUGAUAAAUCAAAACUUGCACGACAUCAAGAAACUCACAAUGGAGAGAAACCCUACAAAUGUAAUGAUUGUGGGAAAGCCUUUAGGAAUAGGUCAUAUCUUAGUGUACAUCUGAAGACCCAUACUGAAGAGAAACCAUAUAAGUGCAAUGAGUGUGGGAAAUCCUUCAAGAAUACCACAAUUUUUAAUGUUCAUCAGAGAAUUCAUACUGGAGAGAAACCCUUUAGAUGUAAUGAAUGUGGAAAAGCCUAUAGGAGUAAUUCAAGCCUUAUUGUACAUAUAAGAACUCAUACUGGGGAAAAACCUUAUGAAUGUAAUGAAUGUGGGAAAGCAUUCAAUCGUAUAGCAAAUUUCACAGAACAUCAGAGAAUUCAUACAGGAGAAAAACCUUAUAAAUGUAAUGAAUGUGGGAAAGCAUUCAUUAACUAUUCAUGCCUUACAGUACACCACAGAAUGCAUACAGGAGAGAAACCUUAUAAAUGUAGUGAAUGCGGAAAGGCCUUCAUGCGUUCCUCAUCUCUAAUUAUACAUCAGCGAAUUCAUACUGAAGAGAAACCUUAUCUAUGUAAUGAAUGUGGGGAAUCUUUCAGAAUAAAAUCACACUUGACUGUACAUCAGAGGAUUCAUACUGGAGAGAAACCAUAUAAAUGUACUGACUGUGAAAGGGCAUUCACUAAAAUGGUAAACCUCAAGGAGCAUCAGAAAAUUCAUACUGGAGUAAAACCCUAUAAAUGCUGUGAUUGUGGAAAAUCCUUCAGGACUAAGUCAUACCUUAUUGUACAUCAAAGGACCCAUACUGGAGAAAAACCAUAUAAAUGUAAUGAAUGUGAGAAAGCUUUCACUAAUACAUCACAGCUUACUGUGCAUCAAAGAAGGCAUACUGGAGAAAAACCCUAUAAAUGUAAUGAAUGUGGUAAGGUUUUCACAAGUAACUCAGGAUUUAAUACCCAUCAAAGAACACAUACUGGAGAGAAACCAUUUAAAUGUAAUGACUGUGGGAAAGCCUUUAGCCAGAUGGUACAUGUCACAGAACAUCAGAAAAUCCAUAGUGGAGAGAAACCCUAUAAAUGUGAUGUCUGUGGAAAAGCCUUCAGGAGGGGUUCAUACCUUACAGUGCAUUGGAGAACACAUACUGGAGAAAAACCCUACACAUGUAAAGAAUGUGGGAAAGGUUGUAUUACUCUGUCACAACUAACUCUGCAUCAGCGAAUUCAUACUGGGGAGAGGCCCUAUAAAUGUGAAGAAUGCGGAAAAGCCUUCAGAACAAACUCAGACUUUACUGUACACCUGAGGAUGCACACUGGAGAAAAACCCUAUAAAUGUAAUGAAUGUGGAAAAACCUUUAGGAGUAGCUCAAGCCUUACUGUACAUCAAAGAAUACAUCAGCGAGAAACUCAGAAAAUUUACCCUGGAGAGAAGCCUUACAAAUGUAAUGUGUGUGGGAAAAAGUUUAGGAAAUACCCAUCCUUCGUGAAACACCAAAGCACCCAUACCAAAGAGAAAUCUUAUGAAUGUGAAGAGUGCGGGAAAGAGUUUCGACACCUCUCAUCCCUUAUUGCACAUCAGAGAAUGCAUACUGGAGAAAAACCUUAUGAAUGCCACCAAUGUGGGAAAGCCUUCAGCCAGCGAGCACACCUUACUAUACAUCAGAGAAUUCAUACCGGAGAGAAACCGUAUAAAUGUGAUGACUGUGGGAAAGACUUUAGUCAGCGUGCACACCUUACUAUACAUCAAAGGACACAUACAGGAGAGAAACCAUAUAAAUGCUUAGAAUGCGGUAAAACCUUCAGCCACAGUUCAUCACUGAUCAAUCAUCAGAGAGUUCAUACUGGAGAAAAGCCUUAUAUAUGCAACGAAUGUGGGAAAACGUUCAGUCAAAGUACGCACCUUCUUCAACAUCAAAAAAUACAUACUGGAAAGAAACCAUAUAAAUGCAAUGAGUGUUGGAAAGUAUUUAGUCAGAGUACUUACCUUAUUCGACAUCAGAGAAUUCAUUCUGGAGAGAAGUGUUAUAAAUGUAAUGAAUGUGGAAAAGCCUUUGCUCAUUCCUCAACUCUUAUUCAACAUCAAACUACUCACACUGGAGAGAAAUCCUAUGUAUGCAAAAUAUGUGGGAAAGCCUUCAGCCAGAGUGCAAACCUUACUCAACAUCACAGAACACAUACUGGAGAGAAACCAUAUAAAUGCACAGUGUGUGGGAAAGCCUUCAGCCAGAGUGUACACCUUACUCAACAUCAGAGGAUUCAUAACGGAGAAAAACCCUUUAAAUGCAACAUAUGUGGGAAAGCAUAUAGACAGGGUGCAAAUCUUACUCAGCAUCAAAGGAUUCAUACCGGAGAGAAGCCCUAUAAAUGUAACGAAUGUGGGAAAGCUUUUAUUUAUUCCUCAUCACUUAAUCAACAUCACAGAACUCAUACUGGAGAAAGACCUUAUAAAUGUAAUGAAUGUGAUAAAGACUUCAGCCAGAGAACAUGCCUUAUUCAACACCAGAGAAUUCACACAGGAGAGAAGCCCUAUGCAUGCCGUAUAUGUGGUAAAACCUUCACUCAGAGUACAAACCUUAUUCAGCAUCAGCGUGUUCAUACAGGUGCCAAACAUCGUAAUUAAUGGACAUGGAGACUUUAAGUGUUACAACUUAAUCAUUUACAUUUUAUUUUGUACUCUGUGUUAACACAUUCAAAAGAAGUGCAAUAUACAUUAGAUACCACUGAGCAGAAGUAUCAGAAUUAGUAAUGUGGAUAUAACCUAUUUAAAUUUAAUGUUAAAUUUGAGAAGAAAACUUCAUUCACUUCUUAACCUCUAUUGAUUUAUUCCAGAAAGAAACCCUGUGAAAGUAAGAGUAUUCAGAAAUCUGUAACUCACCGACUCUUACUGUAUUUCAAGUACUUCUCAGUGAGGCCUCGUGAAUGUAACUUGUGAAAACUUCCAUCAAGUAGAGAUUUCACACAGGAGAGUAAUCCUGGGAUAAUAGGAAAGCUGCUUUCAGGCCUUUAGUUCUUCCCAGCUUUGAAGCCUUAAAUAUGUAAAGGGUUCCCCUCUCCCUUUUUACUUCCCUUUUCCUAUUAUGCCAUAACUGCCAUGUUUUGGGGGAAAUUUUUGAAAGUAUCUUAAAGAUUUCUAUGUGACCACUGUUUAAUUAUACUUUCCUUAAAUACUGAAAUAGUAAAGGAAGGGAACCUUAAUGAAAGGUGAUAGGAUAGAGAAAUUAAUGUGUAUAUAACCCUUAGACGUGUACAAAUUUAGUUAAACAGACAACAAACACCCAAGCUUAAAUCUUUAAAACAGCCUUAAUUUCACUAAGUUUUGACAUCUGUCAUCCUGUAGGGAAAAAUAAGAAUACAGUUUCCAUUAUUUUCACCUGCCUCCUAAGUUUAUAAUUUAAGGUUCCCGUGUGACUAUUGUACUGUAGAAAGUGGAUUUCUUCCAUUGGAACAUAUUUUUUGAGUGUCGACUGUGCUCAGGGCCCAAAUUUCUUAAUUGGAUCCUUUCAGGGCUUCCUGUAGUGCUUUGCUGCAAAUCACAGCUGAAUUUAGCAACAGUAAGGGCAUGGGCGUGUCAUGGGAUGAGCAUAAGAAACCUAAAAUGGAUUGCAAAAGCAGACCCCAUAUCCUAAGGCAAGGAAGUAAUACAAUCUAUUUAAAUAAUGUGAGAAAAAAUAGGUAAUGGAAAAUGGAUAUGAGUUCAGUGCAGAAGGUGGGGUCGGGGAAAAAAAUCAAGGUGAAGACAGGAAAGCGAAUACAUAGGUAACUUAUAACAUGAAAUGUUACUGAACUUGGUUUACCUAAGAAAACAAAGAGUAACUGGUUGAAUAAAAAAGCAAAACUCAUCCUGUUUGUAAGAAGAAACGAAAAAUGAAAUGAUUGAUUUUGAAGGAGUAUUUGGGAUUGGUUUUCCUUCAUAUAAAUAAGUAUACUCUUAAAAUAUGAAGAAAAAAAUUUCAUUGGAAAAAGCAUUGAUGCAGUAAUCAUUAAAUAAUAAUAACUGUCAGAGUCCUAAGCAACAUAAAAGGAAAAGUGGCAGAAAUGCAAAUAGCAGUCGGUAAAGUACUGCUGUCCUUAAUAUCUGUAGCGUUCCACUGUUGGAACAUAAGACCAUACUCUCAGCUGAGAUUCAUCUUGCUCUUGUUUCUUCAGUGCCUUGCAUGUAGCAGGUGGUCAAUAUAUAUGUUAGUUGAAUUAAUGAAUAAAUAAGUAGAUAAGUUGAGUAAUAGGUAGACUUAACUGAUACAGAGUGAAAUUUGUAGAAUUGUGAACACAUGAAAAGAAAUAUUUAACAAAUACUGGUCAUUGAUUGGUUAAUUAACUUAGAAAUGAAGAAAUCCCCAGAUAUUAGCAAUGGGGAUAUUCCUGAGAAAUCAUGGGACAUCUUUGCACAGGAAAUUUUCCUGAGCUAGAUGAGGGGAAAUUGAUAUAAAUUCUGGCACUGAAAAUAUCAAAUUAAACGUGUUGACCCAUGUGGCUUCAUUUGGACAUGACUUUAUAUAAUAUAAACAUCCUACAAGCAGGUGCAGAAGGAAAGACAUCUUCAGGGCUUUCUUGUUGAGUGUUUUCAAGAAGUUACUCUCCUUGUCCUCACAUUCAUUAACCUUGAUGUCAUGGAAUUGCCCUUCACAAAUUUCAAAUUAUCUCCAGGUGCAUAAUACUCAAAUUAUGCUUAUGCCACGGUUAUUAGGUUAAAAAUAACCAUUGUACUUCAGAUGCAAUUUUUAUAAUGUCACUUCAUACCUUACACAACAUUUUUUUCUCCUGGAAUGAAUGUGUAGAGUAUUAUAGUCCAUAGCAUCUUUCUUUGCAUUAAUUUGUAUUUCCUGCUUUUAUGUGUUUUAUGUAAAUAGUGCAUUUAUAAGGUCUUCCAUUGAUACACUGAAGCAAUUGAUGCCCUGAUAAAAUAAUAGAAUAACAAUAGUGGAGAAUCCUA